GACACUCUCUCACUUAUUACAACGAGAUACACGAAAACCCUUCCUGGUCCAUUAUUACGCCCUUGCCUUCACUGUCAACGUCACCACCGACCUCCGAUUCAUGGCGUACCAGCCGCUUCCGGGCCGGAACUCCGUUUCCAGCUCCAGCUCCGGCGCUUCCGGAUUCCACUUCAUCAACUCCCCCUUCGGGGACACCACUUACACCAAGCUCUUCGUCGGCGGCCUCGCCUGGGAAACCCAGAGCGAGACCAUGGGACGCUAUUUCGAGCAAUUCGGCCAGAUUCUUGAGGCCGUUGUUAUUACUGAUAAGAACACCGGCCGAUCCAAGGGCUAUGGUUUUGUCACUUUCCAGGAGCCGGAGGCUGCUGCCAGGGCAUGUGCUGAUCCAACUCCAGUUAUUGAUGGCCGCCGCGCUAAUUGUAAUCUGGCUUCACUCCGGCGCCCUCGGCCGCAUCUGAGUUAUGUACGUUCAGCACCGGCUUCUCCGUAUAUUGGAAGCAGCAUGCAAGCUCCUCGUGGGGCUUAUGUCGGAGCAUAUGGCUACCAGCAACCUCUUCCGUACAACUAUCCACAAGGGAUGAUGUUUCCUCCUUAUGGGUAUGCAACUUACGGGCCGGAAUACGUUUAUUCACAGGGUGCUCACAAUUCUUACGCGGGUCAGCAGUAUCUUCAGAUAUAUGGAGUUCCAGGGACGGUUAAUACUCUGUAUUCCUAUGCACAACUGGGUCAAACCAUUCCAGGUGGUCAGGGUUAUCCAACAGUACACAGAUAUGCAAUGCCUGCUCAGCAGAUAAUCCCAUUUGGACCCAGUGUUAAUGCAGUAACAACUACACCAGUCCCUACAAUUCAAGCACCAUAUUCCACAGGUCUUCUGAUUGAAACGUGAAGACAGCUUUAUAGCUUUUAAUCAGGUACCCUUUGACUGCAGCAGGACUAAGAGCGGCAGAACUGCUACUUAGGUGGUGGACUACAGAUCUAGCCUUGCAAUUUCUUAUUUUGCAUUGUAGAGGUCAUUCAUAUUCAUGCACACCAGAGAACUCAGAUGUCGGAGUCACUCCAGAUAGCAGAGAAGGAAGGCUGCUGUCCUUUUGAGGAUGCUUCCUCAGCGUAUCGAAACCAUUAUUACUUUGUUACUUAAGACAAGUAGCAGGUUGUGGAUUGGUGGGUGCUGGAAUCAGGUUUCUAGCAGCCAUAUAGUAAUAAUACUUGGUAAAAAAACAUGUAAGAUCAACAUAUGAUUCUUUUAUAGUUUUGUCCCAGCAUUUAGGUGUAUAGUCUCUGGUGUUGUAUUGGUCCCUUGGUGGGUCCAUCAUAUUUGUAAGUUCAUUGGGUUUGUGCAUAGUAGUGCGCUAGGAUUUUCAUUCAAAACUGAGAUGUGUAAUCUAGAUAGUUUCGAGUGCCUGGCUUCAAAAGGAGAGAAGCUUCAGGCAUAUUCUAUUCAUUUGGAACAAGCGAUUUGUGUACCGAUACAGCAAGACUAGUCUAGCAAACUUCUGCUUUGAAGGAUGCGUAGUUCAUUUGUGGUUUAAUAUUAUUAGAAACAUUUGAUUUA